UUGUUUUUGGAGGGCUAUUAGAAAGAGCGUGAAAAAAUAAGAUUAGUUCUUAAAAAACGCCGUGUUCAAUAAUUAAUAUUAUCUACAAUAUUGGGUGUAAAGAGCAAUGACGAAAAAAGGAAAAUCUCAAGAUGUUAGUCACAGUAAUGAAGAUGUCAGGACAUCAACAAAUUCUUGCAACAUCCCCUCAGGACACAAAACAACUCCCUUUAGUGAACACAAUCACAAAGAAAAUCACCAAAAAAAUAUUGACUCCAAAAUUCAAUCCCAUACCAGUUAUCAAACAGAGAACCACGAAAAAUUUAUAAAUAACUCAAAAUCGAUUAAGAAACAACCGAACAAUAUCCAACCCUCAACCACCAACACAUAUGACAAACCCAGCGACGAACCAUUCAAACAGGGAAAAUCUACCUUGAAAAAAAAUCAGAACCAGAUGCAGUACAUCGCACACCAGACUCCUCAAUCCGUCGAGAAAAAGAAGAAUACAGCUAGAGCGUCCAGUUCAGAUUCCGACUCUAGCGAUGAUGAGCAGCCAGUGAGUAAGAAGCCUGCGAUAGCGAAGGCAUCUCCGGUAGUUGGUAAGCCUGCAGUGAGCAUGGUUGGCGGUAAGAAGGUGGUUGGAAAGCCGGCGUCGUCGAGUUCCGAUUCAGAUUCCAGUGAUGAUGGAGGUGCUGUCGCAGUGAAGAGGCCUGUUGUUGCAGCUGGUAAGCCGUUGUCGAGUGGUGUGCCCCAGACGACGCCACAGUCUGUGCAGAAGAAGAAGGUUGCAGCUGCAGCGUCCAGUUCAGAUUCCGACUCUAGCGAUGAUGAGCAGCCAGUGAGUAAGAAGCCUGCGAUAGUGAAGGCAUCUCCGGUAGUUGGUAAGCCUGCAGUGAGCAUGGUUGGCGGUAAGAAGGUGGUUGGAAAGCCGGCGUCGUCGAGUUCCGAUUCAGAUUCCAGUGAUGAUGGAGGUGCUGUCGCAGUGAAGAGGCCUGUUGUUGCAGCUGGUAAGCCGUUGUCGAGUGGUGUGCCCCAGACGACGCCACAGUCUGUGCAGAAGAAGAAGGUUGCAGCUGCAGCGUCCAGUUCAGAUUCCGACUCUAGCGAUGAUGAGCAGCCAGUGAGUAAGAAGCCUGCGAUAGUGAAGGCAUCUCCGGUAGUUGGUAAGCCUGCAGUGAGCAUGGUUGGCGGUAAGAAGGUGGUUGGAAAGCCGGCGUCGUCGAGUUCCGAUUCAGAUUCCAGUGAUGAUGGAGGUGCUGUUGCAGUGAAGAGGCCUGUUGUUGCAGCUGGUAAGCCGUUGUCGAGUGGUGUGCCCCAGACGACGCCACAGUCUGUGCAGAAGAAGAAGGUUGCAGCUGCAGCGUCCAGUUCAGAUUCCGACUCUAGCGAUGAUGAGCAGCCAGUGAGUAAGAAGCCUGCGAUAGUGAAGGCAUCUCCGGUAGUUGGUAAGCCUGCAGUGAGCAUGGUUGGCGGUAAGAAGGUGGUUGGAAAGCCGGCGUCGUCGAGUUCCGAUUCAGAUUCCAGUGAUGAUGGAGGUGCUGUUGCAGUGAAGAAGCCUGUUGUUGCAGCUGGUAAGCCGUUGUCGAGUGGUGUGCCCCAGACGACGCCACAGUCUGUGCAGAAGAAGAAGGUUGCAGCUGCAGCGUCCAGUUCAGAUUCCGACUCUAGCGAUGAUGAGCAGCCAGUGAGUAAGAAGCCUGCGAUAGCGAAGGCAUCUCCGGUAGUUGGUAAGCCUGCAGUGAGCAUGGUUGGCGGUAAGAAGGUGGUUGGAAAGCCGGCGUCGUCGAGUUCCGAUUCAGAUUCCAGUGAUGAUGGAGGUGCUGUUGCAGUGAAGAGGCCUGUUGUUGCAGCUGGUAAGCCGUUGUCGAGUGGUGUGCCCCAGACGACGCCACAGUCUGUGCAGAAGAAGAAGGUUGCAGCUGCAGCGUCCAGUUCAGAUUCCGACUCUAGCGAUGAUGAGCAGCCAGUGAGUAAGAAGCCUGCGAUAGUGAAGGCAUCUCCGGUAGUUGGUAAGCCUGCAGUGAGCAUGGUUGGCGGUAAGAAGGUGGUUGGAAAGCCGGCGUCGUCGAGUUCCGAUUCAGAUUCCAGUGAUGAUGGAGGUGCUGUCGCAGUGAAGAGGCCUGUUGUUGCAGCUGGUAAGCCGUUGUCGAGUGGUGUGCCCCAGACGACGCCACAGUCUGUGCAGAAGAAGAAGGUUGCAGCUGCAGCGUCCAGUUCAGAUUCCGACUCUAGCGAUGAUGAGCAGCCAGUGAGUAAGAAGCCUGCGAUAGUGAAGGCAUCUCCGGUAGUUGGUAAGCCUGCAGUGAGCAUGGUUGGCGGUAAGAAGGUGGUUGGAAAGCCGGCGUCGUCGAGUUCCGAUUCAGAUUCCAGUGAUGAUGGAGGUGCUGUUGCAGUGAAGAAGCCUGUUGUUGCAGCUGGUAAGCCGUUGUCGAGUGGUGUGCCCCAGACGACGCCACAGUCUGUGCAGAAGAAGAAGGUUGCAGCUGCAGCGUCCAGUUCAGAUUCCGACUCUAGCGAUGAUGAGCAGCCAGUGAGUAAGAAGCCUGCGAUAGUGAAGGCAUCUCCGGUAGUUGGUAAGCCUGCAGUGAGCAUGGUUGGCGGUAAGAAGGUGGUUGGAAAGCCGGCGUCGUCGAGUUCCGAUUCAGAUUCCAGUGAUGAUGGAGGUGCUUUUGCAGUGAAGAAGCCUGUUGUUGCAGCUGGUAAGCCGUUGUCGAGUGGUGUGCCCCAGACGACGCCACAGUCUGUGCAGAAGAAGAAGGUUGCAGCUGCAGCGUCCAGUUCAGAUUCCGACUCUAGCGAUGAUGAGCAGCCAGUGAGUAAGAAGCCUGCGAUAGUGAAGGCAUCUCCGGUAGUUGGUAAGCCUGCAGUGAGCAUGGUUGGCGGUAAGAAGGUGGUUGGAAAGCCGGCGUCGUCGAGUUCCGAUUCAGAUUCCAGUGAUGAUGGAGGUGCUGUUGCAGUGAAGAGGCCUGUUGUUGCAGCUGGUAAGCCGUUGUCGAGUGGUGUGCCCCAGACGACGCCACAGUCUGUGCAGAAGAAGAAGGUUGCAGCUGCAGCGUCCAGUUCAGAUUCCGACUCUAGCGAUGAUGAGCAGCCAGUGAGUAAGAAGCCUGCGAUAGUGAAGGCAUCUCCGGUAGUUGGUAAGCCUGCAGUGAGCAUGGUUGGCGGUAAGAAGGUGGUUGGAAAGCCGGCGUCGUCGAGUUCCGAUUCAGAUUCCAGUGAUGAUGGAGGUGCUGUUGCAGUGAAGAGGCCUGUUGUUGCAGCUGGUAAGCCGUUGUCGAGUGGUGUGCCCCAGACGACGCCACAGUCUGUGCAGAAGAAGAAGGUUGCAGCUGCAGCGUCCAGUUCAGAUUCCGACUCUAGCGAUGAUGAGCAGCCAGUGAGUAAGAAGCCUGCGAUAGUGAAGGCAUCUCCGGUAGUUGGUAAGCCUGCAGUGAGCAUGGUUGGCGGUAAGAAGGUGGUUGGAAAGCCGGCGUCGUCGAGUUCCGAUUCAGAUUCCAGUGAUGAUGGAGGUGCUGUUGCAGUGAAGAAGCCUGUUGUUGCAGCUGGUAAGCCGUUGUCGAGUGGCGUGCCCCAGACGACGCCACAGUCUGUGCAGAAGAAGAAGGUUGCAGCUGCAGCGUCCAGUUCAGAUUCCGACUCUAGCGAUGAUGAGCAGCCAGUGAGUAAGAAGCCUGCGAUAGUGAAGGCAUCUCCGGUAGUUGGUAAGCCUGCAGUGAGCAUGGUUGGCGGUAAGAAGGUGGUUGGAAAGCCGGCGUCGUCGAGUUCCGAUUCAGAUUCCAGUGAUGAUGGAGGUGCUGUUGCAGUGAAGAGGCCUGUUGUUGCAGCUGGUAAGCCGUUGUCGAGUGGUGUGCCCCAGACGACGCCACAGUCUGUGCAGAAGAAGAAGGUUGCAGCUGCAGCGUCCAGUUCAGAUUCCGACUCUAGCGAUGAUGAGCAGCCAGUGAGUAAGAAGCCUGCGAUAGUGAAGGCAUCUCCGGUAGUUGGUAAGCCUGCAGUGAGCAUGGUUGGCGGUAAGAAGGUGGUUGGAAAGCCGGCGUCGUCGAGUUCCGAUUCAGAUUCCAGUGAUGAUGGAGGUGCUGUUGCAGUGAAGAGGCCUGUUGUUGCAGCUGGUAAGCCGUUGUCGAGUGGUGUGCCCCAGACGACGCCACAGUCUGUGCAGAAGAAGAAGGUUGCAGCUGCAGCGUCCAGUUCAGAUUCCGACUCUAGCGAUGAUGAGCAGCCAGUGAGUAAGAAGCCUGCGAUAGUGAAGGCAUCUCCGGUAGUUGGUAAGCCUGCAGUGAGCAUGGUUGGCGGUAAGAAGGUGGUUGGAAAGCCGGCGUCGUCGAGUUCCGAUUCAGAUUCCAGUGAUGAUGGAGGUGCUGUUGCAGUGAAGAAGCCUGUUGUUGCAGCUGGUAAGCCGUUGUCGAGUGGUGUGCCCCAGACGACGCCACAGUCUGUGCAGAAGAAGAAGGUUGCAGCUGCAGCGUCCAGUUCAGAUUCCGACUCUAGCGAUGAUGAGCAGCCAGUGAGUAAGAAGCCUGCGAUAGUGAAGGCAUCUCCGGUAGUUGGUAAGCCUGCAGUGAGCAUGGUUGGCGGUAAGAAGGUGGUUGGAAAGCCGGCGUCGUCGAGUUCCGAUUCAGAUUCCAGUGAUGAUGGAGGUGCUGUUGCAGUGAAGAAGCCUGUUGUUGCAGCUGGUAAGCCGUUGUCGAGUGGUGUGCCCCAGACGACGCCACAGUCUGUGCAGAAGAAGAAGGUUGCAGCUGCAGCGUCCAGUUCAGAUUCCGACUCUAGCGAUGAUGAGCAGCCAGUGAGUAAGAAGCCUGCGAUAGCGAAGGCAUCUCCGGUAGUUGGUAAGCCUGCAGUGAGCAUGGUUGGCGGUAAGAAGGUGGUUGGAAAGCCGGCGUCGUCGAGUUCCGAUUCAGAUUCCAGUGAUGAUGGAGGUGCUGUCGCAGUGAAGAGGCCUGUUGUUGCAGCUGGUAAGCCGUUGUCGAGUGGUGUGCCCCAGACGACGCCACAGUCUGUGCAGAAGAAGAAGGUUGCAGCUGCAGCGUCCAGUUCAGAUUCCGACUCUAGCGAUGAUGAGCAGCCAGUGAGUAAGAAGCCUGCGAUAGUGAAGGCAUCUCCGGUAGUUGGUAAGCCUGCAGUGAGCAUGGUUGGCGGUAAGAAGGUGGUUGGAAAGCCGGCGUCGUCGAGUUCCGAUUCAGAUUCCAGUGAUGAUGGAGGUGCUGUUGCAGUGAAGAGGCCUGUUGUUGCAGCUGGUAAGCCGUUGUCGAGUGGUGUGCCCCAGACGACGCCACAGUCUGUGCAGAAGAAGAAGGCUGCAGCUGCAGCGUCCAGUUCAGAUUCCGACUCUAGCGAUGAUGAGCAGCCAGUGAGUAAGAAGCCUGCGAUAGUGAAGGCAUCUCCGGUAGUUGGUAAGCCUGCAGUGAGCAUGGUUGGCGGUAAGAAGGUGGUUGGAAAGCCGGCGUCGUCGAGUUCCGAUUCAGAUUCCAGUGAUGAUGGAGGUGCUGUUGCAGUGAAGAAGCCUGUUGUUGCAGCUGGUAAGCCGUUGUCGAGUGGUGUGCCCCAGACGACGCCACAGUCUGUGCAGAAGAAGAAGGUUGCAGCUGCAGCGUCCAGUUCAGAUUCCGACUCUAGCGAUGAUGAGCAGCCAGUGAGUAAGAAGCCUGCGAUAGUGAAGGCAUCUCCGGUAGUUGGUAAGCCUGCAGUGAGCAUGGUUGGCGGUAAGAAGGUGGUUGGAAAGCCGGCGUCGUCGAGUUCCGAUUCAGAUUCCAGUGAUGAUGGAGGUGCUGUUGCAGUGAAGAGGCCUGUUGUUGCAGCUGGUAAGCCGUUGUCGAGUGGUGUGCCCCAGACGACGCCACAGUCUGUGCAGAAGAAGAAGGCUGCAGCUGCAGCGUCCAGUUCAGAUUCCGACUCUAGCGAUGAUGAGCAGCCAGUGAGUAAGAAGCCUGCGAUAGUGAAGGCAUCUCCGGUAGUUGGUAAGCCUGCAGUGAGCAUGGUUGGCGGUAAGAAGGUGGUUGGAAAGCCGGCGUCGUCGAGUUCCGAUUCAGAUUCCAGUGAUGAUGGAGGUGCUGUCGCAGUGAAGAGGCCUGUUGUUGCAGCUGGUAAGCCGUUGUCGAGUGGUGUGCCCCAGACGACGCCACAGUCUGUGCAGAAGAAGAAGGUUGCAGCUGCAGCGUCCAGUUCAGAUUCCGACUCUAGCGAUGAUGAGCAGCCAGUGAGUAAGAAGCCUGCGAUAGUGAAGGCAUCUCCGGUAGUUGGUAAGCCUGCAGUGAGCAUGGUUGGCGGUAAGAAGGUGGUUGGAAAGCCGGCGUCGUCGAGUUCCGAUUCAGAUUCCAGUGAUGAUGGAGGUGCUGUUGCAGUGAAGAGGCCUGUUGUUGCAGCUGGUAAGCCGUUGUCGAGUGGUGUGCCCCAGACGACGCCACAGUCUGUGCAGAAGAAGAAGGCUGCAGCUGCAGCGUCCAGUUCAGAUUCCGACUCUAGCGAUGAUGAGCAGCCAGUGAGUAAGAAGCCUGCGAUAGUGAAGGCAUCUCCGGUAGUUGGUAAGCCUGCAGUGAGCAUGGUUGGCGGUAAGAAGGUGGUUGGAAAGCCGGCGUCGUCGAGUUCCGAUUCAGAUUCCAGUGAUGAUGGAGGUGCUGUUGCAGUGAAGAAGCCUGUUGUUGCAGCUGGUAAGCCGUUGUCGAGUGGUGUGCCCCAGACGACGCCACAGUCUGUGCAGAAGAAGAAGGUUGCAGCUGCAGCGUCCAGUUCAGAUUCCGACUCUAGCGAUGAUGAGCAGCCAGUGAGUAAGAAGCCUGCGAUAGUGAAGGCAUCUCCGGUAGUUGGUAAGCCUGCAGUGAGCAUGGUUGGCGGUAAGAAGGUGGUUGGAAAGCCGGCGUCGUCGAGUUCCGAUUCAGAUUCCAGUGAUGAUGGAGGUGCUGUUGCAGUGAAGAAGCCUGUUGUUGCAGCUGGUAAACCGUUGUCGAGUGGUGUGCCACAGACGACGCCACAGUCUGUGCAGAAGAAGAAGGCUGUCGGUGAUUGUGGCGAUACCAGCGUAGAUCAUACUGCUUCUGGGCCUCGUGUGUCGUUCGUUUGUCCUGUAUCUUUGGAUUCUCCAAUGGAGUCUGUUUCUGUUCGCAAUGGUGGUGUGAAUCAUCGGAAACGCGCAUAUUCCUAUGGUGAAGAUUCUGAUAAAUUGAAUGGUUCGGCGAAUAAAUCUUGCGACACAUCAAUGAAUCGGAGUGAUACCUCUCUAACGUCUCUUACUCCUGAUAGUGCUAGAAAAUUUAGAGCCGGUAGCACACCUUUUCGUCGUGUUGUCGAAGAUGAAGUGUUUGUACAUCCUAGCUUGAGGGAUAAUUCGUUCGAUGCAAAGCGAAAUUCACACGGUUCAUGGGGCGAAAAAGCAAAUCGUGAUUUCAAGUUUACCAGUGGUAAGGUAUUCAAACAAGAGAAGACUAAAAAGAAGAGAGGAAGUUAUGUAGGAGGUUCUCUUUCUACAGUUCCAUGUUCUUUUAAGUUUGAUGAUGAGUAGUAAACAGUUUAUGGCAAUCACCUGUAAAUAUGUUUUUGUUAACAUGCAUUCUGUAAAUAAAAAAACAGAGUGAUAAAAAUUGCUUUUUUGUAGAUC